GGCCGGCAGUCGUAUCGUGAACGUGCGCGGCGUCGCGUGUGCGUUGAUCGAAUCGCGCUGCACUACGCGAACACGGCUGAACACGAGUUCCAAGCCAUGGUCUCCAUGGGCGCGUGGAAGCGCCGCGCGCCCGACGAUUGCGAGGAGCGUUCAGAGCCAGGCGCCUCCAGUUCAGCUGUGCCGCGCGCCCCCCCUAACUGUGCCCGCUGCCGUAACCACCGUCUCAAGAUUGAGCUGAAGGGUCACAAACGGUACUGCAAGUACCGCAACUGCAUAUGCGAGAAGUGUCGGCUCACUGCUGACAGGCAGAGGGUGAUGGCUCUCCAAACCGCGUUGAGGCGAGCCCAAGCUCAGGACGAGGCGAGAGCACGAGCGCAAGAGACGUCAGGAAUGCCACCUAAUGGAAUUGAACUGGAGAGACCGGAGCCUCCGGUUGUGAAAAUACAAAGAAGCCCGGUGCCGCCGCCGCCGCCAAGGUCCCUGGGCUCGGCUAGUUGCGAUUCGGUUCCGGGCUCACCUGGAGUGUCUCCGUAUGCUGUUCCAGCUCCAAGCUCGGCACCACAAGCUCAGUCUAUUCCCCCUUUAUUGCCACCACAGCAACCCGCGGUCUCCCUCGAAACGUUAGUGGAAAACUGUCACAAACUCUUGGAGAAGUUCCACUAUUCAUGGGAGAUGAUGCCCUUAGUACUCGUCAUCCUGAACUAUGCGGGAAGCGACUUGGACGAGGCGUCGAGGAAAAUUGAUGAAGGCAAAAUGAUCAUCAACGAGUACGCCAGGAAACACAACCUUAACAUCUUCGACGGUCUCGAAUUAAGGAACUCGACUCGCCAGAAAAUGCUGCAAAGCGAAAUUAAUAAUAUAAGUGGUGUACUGUCAUCAUCAAUGAAGUUGUUUUGCGAAUGAUACUUUGUUUUACAAGUGCGUUGUUUUGUGUGGACACGUGCUGUGCGCCGUAGUGUGUUGCGAAUACCGUCGGACAAUACUGCGCUUGCUACACCGGACAAUUAGAUGGCGCAAGAUCCCACCGAAACCCCGUCCACUUCUACAUCGGGAGACAGCGCUGGAGACCAAUAAGCACCCGGUCUUCACCCAACACGCUGCGCAGUGGGACCGCGUUACAAUGUGAAAACAAGACUUUAUUAGUGUUAAUCUGUAUAAUAUAUUUUAAUCGAAGACACCCACGGGAGCACAAGUCAUACGGAUAGUUUUCCUACUGUCGUAUUUUUUCAACUUAUGGUCAUACUUAAUUUAUACUUUGGUGCGCAUUGGAUUUUUUAAAAACGUUACUAUGGAUGGCGUAUAGUGAUAUACCUAUUUUAAAAUUAAACGCAAUCCUUAAAAUGAAAGUCACCGGUGCAUAACAGUUAAUAACAGUUAUUUUAACAUCCCAUUUUCGGAGAUAGUUAUUGACAAAAUAAUUAAUCCAAUUGCCAACCAAUUUUAAUGCAAUUGCGUCGUCUCAUGUGCAAUCUAAGACUUGUGAACGAGCAAAACAUAAAAGACGAAUUAAGUAAACAUUAUUUAUAUAAUUUUUUACAGAUGGCAACCUUAUUUAUGUGCUUAUUGGCUUAUAAUUAAACUGCAAUAGGUCUGUCAAGACUGUGGCCCGUACCAUUUUUUCUUCACCCGUGACAUUUAUAGCCAACACUAAUCAUUAUUAAAUGAACAACUAUUCCAUUCACCUAAUCGAAAUGUAUUAAUAUAUCUACAAUAAAAUUUUACCUGCUUCGAUUUUCAGCGUUUGUCACGAAGCAAGUUACCUUUACUGAUAGUGUAACAUAUUUAAGGCCGUCGUUCCAUAGGUUAUUUCACAUACCAUCAGAACAAUCGCGUCGCUUGUUUCCGUUAUUGUAAAAAAACACGUUAUUAAUAACUAGGUGAUAAAUACUGAUUAAAAUAUAUAAUUUAAACACGAGGUUCAUACCUUGUUUGUCAUUCUCGUAAAAACUGUGAUUUUUAAAAGAAAAUGAAAUAAGUUAAAACGAUUAAUUGGUUAACUUGUACUGUCGGUAGCGAUAUAAUCAUCGGGUCAUUGUCAUCGCAUGCGCAUCGGUACACGUCGCCUUUGAUCUGGCCAAAGAUUUACAAUGUUGCACUUUUGUAUUCAUAGUCAGGAGAAAGUGGGAUAAAUACAAUUUACAUAAAAAUAUAUGGAUUCAAAUUGCUUUAUUGCAAAUAGAAUUAUUUUUGUAUUUUAUUUACAUUCUUUUUAUUGAAACUGGAAUUUUGUCUUUUUUUUUCUAUUAGUUUAAUGUCACACUUAAUUGCAACUGACUUCAAAAAAAGGAGGAAGUUCUCUUAGUCAAUUAUAAUUCUAUUAAUAAAUGGAUUUAAAGAUUUCUUUUUUUUUUAUCUGAAAGGAUAUACUUUCAUAUUGGUCCUAUACACCUUUUAAUAAAAUCGAUUCAGUAAUUUGGUACUAAAUCGAAAUAACUGGUUUUGUUAGGGUUGAAGUUACUGUUUUUCUGUAUGUGACAAUAAAUAUGGGAUAAUAUUUUCUUUUUUCUUCUUUUUUCUUUCAUAAGUGGUUGGGAAAACAAUCGAUUCUAAAUAAAAAUUGGAAAAAAUAUUGACUCACAAAAAUAUAGGCAAGAACUCUUUGCUUAAAAGGUAUUAUUUAUUAUCUAUCAUAGUCUUAAAGGGAUAUCUAAUUAAUAAGUAUAUAAAAAAAAAGAUUAUAAUUUCGUUUCCUAUCUGAAUUGCAUUAAAUCUGUAGUAAUACCAAAAAAAGCGACAACUAUUCGAUAAAAAACGCAAUAAAUAGCAUGUUAUUUUGUGGCCGGCGGGCGAAGCGCAAAGCACGACGCGCGAUGGAACGCGAUAGAAUAUCGGAACUGUCAUCGCGAUUGGGUCGAUUGAUACUAAAUGUUAGUGGACGCGUCUUGCAAGCACUAGUUUUCAAAGUAGGCACACCACUAAAUAUGUAGAUAUAACCUUUUUGUUUUAAUUUAAAUAUUUAUUAUUAUUUGUUAUACAACAUUCUUAUAUAUAGAGGAACUGCAGCAUAUUUGGAAUACUAGUUUGAUUUUUGAGAAUAAAUUGAAAGAGGAACGGGAUCGGUAGGUAAAAAAAACAUUUAAUUAUUGUCAAAGUAUUAAACUUUAAUAAUGAGAACAAUCAAAUAUAACAAAAACCAGAAUCUUUAUAAAAAUGCCUAUGCAACUAGAAAACUCCAAAAACUAUAUUUGACUUAGAGUGCAGGUAAUUUGGAAUAUAGUAUUCCAAAAUACAUUCACAUUUUUUCUUUGUCAAUUGCUUACACUUUUUCUUAGAAACGAAUAGAUUUCUUAUCUUUGUAACAGUUUUAUUAAUCUUUAGUUCUCUAGAUAAUCAAUCUUUUUCAAUAAUCAAUCACAAUAAACACUGAUCAGUGUUUAGUUUGAAUUUAUAAUUUACUAUCCUUAGUUACUCUUGCAGUAAUCACAAGUAUACACACCGGAUUCAUAACCACCACAAGCACCAUGAACCCACAAUUCGCACAUUAAAUACUGUAUCCAUUCUUCACCCCUUUUAUUCUCGCUAUAUUUUCCGUUACAGAAAUAUACGCAGCGUCUUCGUCAGUAGGGACUGCAUCUCAUCUCUCUUGCUACAUCGUCGGAAGAGUCUGUGUUAUUUCCAGAUAUAGCCCUAGGGUUCGGAUCUGAUGAAUCACUCUCUGUCAUAUAAAGAAAUAUGACAGAGAGUGAUUCUUCAGAUCCUUGUCUAUUUUGCUAUCUUUUUCUUGCUCUUUUUCUUAAUAUUUUCUCUUUGUUUUGUUUUCUUUAUCACUCUUUUUAAAUUGUACAUUCUCAAGAUCUUUUUUUUAUAAGAAGAACUUGAAAUUACUGCCGAUCUCGCUGGCUUACCGCCUCUAAUGCUAGUAUUCUUUUUUAUUACUACUCAUAAAAUAUGCAUAAAAUAUGGAAUAUUCCAAAUUAUGUUCACUCUCGGUAUUCCAAAUUAACAACACACCAACCUUACCUAAAAAUCCAUGUCAUAUUUUUAAUUCUAGAAAUAUUCACCAAACCAUUGUAAUAUCCUAAAUUAACAAGGUCAACUAGCUGUUUAAAUAAUUACAAUAAAGAUUUAAAGUAUUACAGUAAAGAUUACAACGGAUUGCAUUCUUACCGAAAAAGUUUUCAAAACAUGUGUCUCGUUUCUUUGGGGCUGGUAGCCGGAAUGUCAAAAUGGUGUCCUGAUUUUAACUAUGUAUGGCUUCGUAUAUCGAAUGGCGUUAUGUUUACUUCAAAAAAACACAGAUAGCGUUUAUAUUGAUUCAGAUAUGGAAGUAUUCCAAAUUACCUGCAGUAUUCCAAAUAUGCUGCACUUCCUCUAUUAAUGUAAUAUUGUACGAAUAAAUUGAAGAAUUAAGAGGUCGGUUUGAAUCAGAUUAUUUGGCAGCAAAACUUAUGUAUUGCAAUUUGUAGAAUGAUUUAUAAUAAGUUAUUUAUAUCGUAUAAUAAAUGCUCAUUGCAUGGUUAUUUUACUUUAUAUCUAUGGGAAUUCUCGGCGUAUGAGUUCAACUCGCGACUUAUUCGCGUUUUAUUUGGUAAAUCAAAAUAAAUGAAAUUUAAGAAAGCCAACCUAUACAUAUAUAAUUAGAUUACCACAGAUUUUGAAAUAACGAAUUAUUCUACAAUUCAUUAUUCUUUUUUUGAAAAUUCAACUUAAAAGAUAUUUAUAUGGAGACAGUAACAGGACUUUCUGUCUGACGGCCCGUAUAAAUCGUUUCUAUGUAAAAGCUAGGGGUUGGUACAAAUGGCACGCAGGCGUCGGGCGGGGCGUAUGUAGCGCCGCCCUCUACAUUAUGUACAACUUGUAUUAGGUACUUGUGUAAGGUAGUUAAGGAUCGUCUAGUACCGUUUUAUUGUCGUCCGAUAUUUAUCUGUUAGUUGGUCAAUGUUGGCGGUGUGUUUGAACAAACAUUGGUAUGUUUGUUGUGCUUGGUAGUAUGAGUCAAAUGUUUGUUAGUUUUUAUGCAUUCAUUUUAUUUGUGACAUAUUACUAAUAUUAAAAAUAUAUAAAUUUCUAAAUAUGUUUGUUACUCAAUUACGCUUAAAAAGCAGUACGGAUUUAAAUGAAAUUUUAUAUAUGGGUAGGUUAUUUCUAACACACUUUUUAUAGUCGGCAGACUAGCUGUAUCUCGUGGUUUCGUCCGCGUGUUUCAGUGUAUAUAACAAUCUAUGCCCUAAGUUAAAAUAUAAGCUAUCCAUGUAACCAAAAUUUAUUCAAAUCAAUUCAGUAGUUUUUGUAAAAAUAGUAGUAAACAUCCAUCUAUCCUCACAAACGUUCAGAUAUAUUAAUAGGUUAUAUACAGGCAAUGCUGUGAAAAUCAACUAGUGUAAAAUAAGGGCAAUCUAGAUUUAUUUAUAAGGGAUGCAAAAACCUGACUACAUCUAUUUUUAAGACCGACCACCAAGAAAACAAGUUGCUCGUGCGUGACAACCCUAGCGUGUAGAGGGGAAAGAGAUUGUUAGUAAUGGGGAUGUUUGUCCCCAUCGUUAACAAUAUACCUUGUAAGGUCGACCUCCACGUGGUCCCCUCUGGAAACCAUCGUAGUUAAUUUGUGUGAAUUCGCCGCGAUGGGCUAACUGGCCUACCUUCAUCCUCAUUUCAUCCUCCAUUGGUACCCAGCUAUUGUAUACUGUUACUAUUCCAUUUUCAUUCAUAAAAAAAACCCUAGUGUGUUGGCCCCAUACAUUACUUAUACAGAAACUGUUGGGCUGUAUGUAUGUUUGCUAUAUUCCAAAGAGUAGGUAACUAAUUAUAAAUAUUCAUACCUGAUGAACAUAAGCUUCCCCCAUAGAUUGCCAUAAGGAACGGUCCUCAACCAUCUGUAUCCAUUGACUCCCUGCAAUACAUUUGAAUUGUCACUCCAUCUAGUGGGGGGUCGUCCUGCGCUGGGUUUCUUUUAUGAGGUCGCUACUCAAGAUCCUUUUCCCCCUAUUUAAUAUCGGUUCUUCGAGCUAUAAUUAAAAUUAAAAGUAAUAUGUUAAUAAAAUAUUAAUUUCGUUACAAACUUACGAUAAUGGGUUUAGUCUUUGUGGCAGACCUUUUAGGCAAUAAUUAUAAGCCAAACUAAAACAGUAAUAAUAUAUUUUAAAUAGUAAACAUAUAGAUAAAAUGCCUAGUAAAAAAGACUCAGGAAUGUUAUAAAUUGUCUGAAAUGCGCCGUGUGUAUAUGUUUAUAUUUUUUUUAUUUUUACACAUUUACAUAAUUCUACUAAAGAUGGUAUAAAUAUAAUUCACAUUAAAACCAUGAAACGGCCAUCCAGACGUAAUAAAUCAUUUCCAUCCGACAUUUUGUAAACUUUUAUCUUUAAAUCUAUUUUUGCUAUUCACUUGUUAAACUAUCACUUACUCGAAUGUAGCAUUAUUUCGAUAGUGUUUAAAACAACUACUUAAUUCAUUGUUAAUAAUCAGUGUGCAUUUUUCGAUAACAUUUUUCGUUUCGAACGCACGUUUAAUAGGACUUACGUUUCAUCCUACAUGUUAUAGAAGUCUAAAUUAAAAAUUAUUUUAUAUAAAUGGAUUGGAUCUCAAAUUAAGGAAUAUUUUCUAUUGGCUUAUCUUUAUAAUUAUUAAAUAAGAAUUAAUUUCACAUCACUAGUUUACGUCAUGAAACAAAAAACAAAAGAGUAUGCUAGUCAAGAUUUACAACAUGGAAAAUUGUUUAAAUUUUAAAUUUCGAAUAUAUGUUUUUAAAUUUUUAUAACUGAUAACCAGUUAUAGUGACAACGAAUAUUUACGUAGUAAUUAUAGAAGACCUUAGAUUAUAUAGAUAGAGCGUCAAAGAUCAAGAAUUUUUAAAAAUUUAGUCAGAUAAUUUGACGUUUGGCUGACUUUUUUUUAUUUAAAUCAAAUCGUGCUUUUUUCAGAGUUGCAAGUAAUUAGAUUAAAAUGUUCCCAGACCAAGUCGAUUUUUUAAAUUUUAAUCGGGAACUACAUAUUUGUUCUUGUAUUAUAUAAAUAUAGGUACAUAUGUUCGAAUUAAUUAUAAAUUAAUAUACAUGUAUUAAAUAAAAUGGUAACCAUUUUCAAUUAUUUUAAAACAAAAACAUAUAACAAGACUAUACUUGGAUAUAAAUCAAAGUAAUCAGCAAAGAUAAGCAUCAGUACGAUACAUUAUGCGUUGUUUAUUUUCUUUCUUACAAUAUAAUUACCAGAGGGAGACUUUGUACAAAAGUCGAUUGCUUGGGUACCUCUGUCCCAUUCGUGUUUCAACCGUGAAGCAGUUGUGUUUGCAUGGCUGUGUUUCGGUUUGAAGGGUGGGAUAUGGCGUGAAUUUACUGGGUACAGAGGAAUAACACCUGAGUCCUCAGGAAUGGCAACGCAUGGGGGGUAUCAUGGGCGAAACAGUAUACUCUGUUAUGUCCAUGGUACUGCUCAUGUCUAUAGGCGACGGUUACCACUUUCCAUCAGGUGGGCCGUCAGCUUGUUUGCCAUUCUAAGUUCUAUAAAAAAAAAAAAAAAAAAAAAAAAUAAUUUCUCCCAUACCUAUACUGAGAAAUAAAUGUAUAUUAUGGUAACCCUAUUCACGCACUCAUAGAUGUAAGUGUUGACAUGUUUCUAAUGAAGCAUUCCUAUAGAGACACUAUCUAUAUAAUCUAAGUUGUAAAUAUAUUCGUCCAUUAUUCCAUGGAAAUUAUAUAAUUUCCAUGCUAAAUACAUACUACAUAAAAACAAAUUUGUCCAUUAACUUAAUUUGUUCUUGUUGUUAGCUAAAUGGAAUUAAAAUAAGGUUUCUGGGUUGUUUUUGAUGGGUUUUUCUUUCGUAUGUAAUGACUUUUUUUUAUUAUUAUUAAUCAGGACUAAGCGUCAUUGUCAGAUUUUGAUAAAAAAGUCACGGGAUAUCGACCUCAUCACGUCCAUACAAAAGUUUUCAUUAUAGGCUGUAUAGCUUAGUACCUUUGCCUUUCCAUUUACUAAAUGCGUCCAUUGUAGUUUAUCAUCUUUAGUGUCUUUCAAACGUGUUCUAAAUUUUCAAACAUAUUGAAACUAUGUCAUUAAUAUUAAAUUCAUUGUGUAAAUAUCUUGUGUAUAUGUAUAAUAAAUAAUUAAGAUUA